CCGGGCGGGGAGGGUCGGUGCUGGGGAAGGGCCUGCCAGGUGAGGCGCGGUCACCCUGGGCCGCUCACUUCCGCCCAGGUGAGGGAGGGCCGACGUCGAGCCCGCUCGCUCGCUCCCGAGCCUCCGCCGGACCAGGUUUCUUUAAAAGGAAUUGAAGACAGUCAUUCAAAAUGCCUGAAAAUCCUGGUCCAGAUAAACUGCAGGUCCUACAAGUUCUUGAUCGCCUAAAAAUGAAACUGCAGGAGAAGGGGGACACAUCGCAGAAUGAGAAGCUCUCUCUGUUUUAUGAGACACUAAAGAGCCCCCUCUUCAAUCAGAUACUCACGCUUCAGCAGUCCAUCAAGCAACUGAGAGGGCAACUCAGCCACAUACCCUCAGAUUGUUUGGCCAACUUUGAUUUUUCUAGGAAAGGUCUUUUAGUGUUUACAGAUGGUGCCAUUACUCAUGGGAAUGCCCAAAGACCCUCCAAUAAUUUGACUGUCUCUGGGUUAUUUCCUUGGACUCCUAAGCCAAGAAAUGAAGACUUCAACUCAGUCAUUCAACAGAUGGCGCAGGGCCGGCAAAUUGAAUAUAUCGAUAUAGAACGGCCUUCAUCCGGAGGCCUUGGAUUCAGUGUGGUGGCCCUGAGAAGUCAAAAUCUGGGAGAAGUUGAUAUCUUGGUGAAGGAAGUGCAGCCAGGGAGUAUAGCAGACAGGGAUCAAAGAUUAAGGGAAAAUGACCAAAUAUUGGCUAUUAAUCACACACCACUGGAUCAGAACAUUUCCUAUCAGCAAGCAAUUGCGUUAUUACAACAAACCACUGGAUCUUUGCAUCUGGUUGUGGCCAGGGAACGCGUCCACAGAAAAAGCAGUACUUCUACCAGCCUAAUUGAUACCACUCUGCCUGAAACAGUUCAUUGGGGCCAUAUUGAAGAUGUUGAGCUCAUUAAUGAUGGCUCUGGAUUAGGUUUUGGAAUAGUUGGAGGAAAAUCAAGUGGUGUGGUUGUGAGGACGAUCGUUCCUGGAGGAUUAGCAGAUCGAGAUGGAAGACUCCAGACAGGGGACCACAUCUUGAAGAUUGGUGGCACAGAUGUGCAGGGAAUGACCAGUGAGCAAGUUGCACAAGUGCUAAGGAACUGUGGAAACUCAGUCCGGAUGCUUGUUGCAAGAGACCCAGUUGGUGCAAUUUCUGUAACCCCUCCCACCCCUGCAGCCUUACCUGUUGCCCUGCCUGCUGUAGCUCACAGGAGCCCUAGUGCUGACAGUUCACUUUUUGAAACUUACGAUGUUGAACUCAUUAAAAAAGAAGGACAGAGUCUUGGGAUUAGAAUUGUUGGCUAUAUUGGAACUGCUCAUACGGGGGAGGCUUCAGGGAUUUAUGUGAAAAGUAUAAUACCUGGCAGUGCUGCUUACCACAACGGCCAAAUUCAAGUGAAUGACAAAAUAGUUGCUGUCGAUGGUGUGAAUAUUCAGGGUUUUGCCAACCAGGAUGUUGUUGAAGUAUUACGAAAUGCAGGGCAAGUGGUACACCUAACCCUAGUUCGAAGGAAGACAUCUUCAUCUGCUUCUCCACUCGAAUGGCCUUCAGACACAGGUGAUAGUGGAAAUUUUGCUGCUGAAAGACAGAUGCCCUUUCAACUGCAUCGAACUGCUGUAGAACCAUCGGAAACACCAGCCCGCUACCUAACUGGAGCUGUGGAAACUGAAACUGAUUUGGAUGGAGGGGAUGAGGAAACUGAAGAAAGAAUGGAUAUUCUGAAAAAUGACAACAUACAAGCCUUAGAAAAAUUAGAAAAGGUCCCAGACUCUACAGAAAAUGAGCUGAAAUCUAGAUGGGAAAACCUCUUGGGCCCGGAUUAUGAAGUAAUGGUGGCUACUUUGGAUACGCAGAUUGCAGAUGAUGCCGAGUUACAGAAAUAUUCAAAGCUGCUGCCGAUUCAUACUCUGAGGCUUGGCAUGGAAGUGGAUUCCUUUGAUGGGCACCAUUAUAUCUCUUCAGUUGCUCCAGGUGGUCCUGUUGAUACACUGAACCUCCUGCAGCCAGAGGAUGAGCUUCUUGAGGUCAAUGGUGUGCAACUCUAUGGGAAAUCUCGCCGAGAAGCAGUCUCUUUUCUCAAAGAGGUGCCUCCUCCCUUUACCUUGGUUUGCUGUCGACGAUUAUUUGAUGAUGAAGCUUCUGUGGAUGAACCAAGGAACACUGAAGCCCCUCUUCCCAAAAUGGAGGCUGACCACAGUGUAGGCGUUAAUACUGAAGAUGAUGAUGAUGGGGAAUUAGCACUAUGGUCUCCUGAAGUCAAGAUUGUUGAACUAGUAAAGGAUCAUAAAGGCUUGGGAUUCAGCAUCUUGGAUUACCAGGACCCUUUAGAUCCCACAAGAUCAGUGAUUGUGAUCCGUUCCCUGGUGGCAGAUGGUGUCGCAGAAAGAGGGGGAGAGCUGUUACCUGGAGACCGCCUGGUCUCAGUUAAUGAACACUGUUUGGAAAACACCACACUUGCUGAAGCUGUAGAAGUGUUGAAAGCUGUGCCACCAGGCAUCGUACGCCUUGGCAUCUGUAAGCCUUUGGUGGAAGAUGAUAAAGAGGAAGAAAGUCAUUAUAUUUUACAUUCAAACAAUAAUGAAGACAAGACUGAACUUUCAGGAACAAUUCAUGAUAUAAAUUCAUCUUUAAUACUUGAAGCACCCAAGGAAUUUAGAGAUGAACCCUAUUAUAAAGAGGAGCUUGUAGAUGAGCCGUUCCUCGAUUUGGGAAAGGCUUUUCAGUCCCAACAGAAAGCGAUAGACAACAGCAAGGAGGCCUGGGAGAUGCAUGAAUUUCUGACUCCUAGAUUGCAGGAGAUGGGGGAAGAAAGAGAGAUGCUUGUUGAUGAAGAAUACGAGCUAUAUCGAGAUCACUUUCCGUCCAUGGAUUUAUAUCCCUCAUCACACCUUCAAGAGGCUGCUCCUGUUCCCUCUGUGAAGGAACUUCACUUUGGCACUCAGUGGUUACAGGACAGCGAACCAUCUGAGCUUCAAGAAGCCAGAUCCAUGAGGAGUAUGUAUUCCCAGGAGACACAGCAGUACAGCUGUAGCGCUGGAAACAUGAUGAAAGAAAAUUUUGGCAUCGGUUCCACACCCUCCAUACCCUCAUCUGAAGGAGACAGUCAACAAAGCAGAUUUGAUGAUCUGGAAAAUCUUAAUUCAUUAACAGAAAGCAGUCUGGAUUUAGGCAUGAUGAUUCCAAACGAUAUCCAAGGCCCUGGCUUGCUUGUUGAACUCCCUGCUGUGGCUCAAAGAAUGGAGCAAGAUUUGCCCUUAUACCAACUCCCCAGGACCCGAGUUGUUUCCAAGGCCUCGGCAUACACAGGAACAUCAUCUAGAUAUACCACUGAAGCAUGUGAGUUACCUGAGAGAGAAGAAGGUGAAGGAGAAGAAACUCCAAACUUCAGCCACUGGGGUCCACCAAGAAUUGUUGAGAUAUUUAGGGAACCCAAUGUGUCUCUUGGUAUUAGUAUUGUUGGUGGACAAACUGUCAUAAAACGCCUGAAGAAUGGAGAGGAACUUAAAGGUAUAUUUAUCAAACAAGUUUUAGAAGACAGUCCAGCAGGAAAAACAAAUGCUCUUAAAACAGGAGAUAAAAUACUUGAGGUGUCUGGAGUAGAUUUGCAGAAUGCCUCGCACAGAGAAGCAGUGGAGGCCAUUAAGAAUGCGGGAAAUCCUGUGGUGUUCGUUGUUCAGAGCUUGUCAUCCACUCCAAGAGUCAUUCCUAGUGUGCAUAACAAGGCUAACAAAAUCACUAAUAACCAGGACCAAAACACUGAAGAAAAAAAAGAAAAGAGACAAGGAACAGCUCCACCUCCAAUGAAACUUCCACCUCCGUAUAAAGCUCCAUCUGAGGACAGUGACGAAAGUGAAGAAGAAUAUGCAUUUACCAACAAAAAAAUCAGGCAAAGAUAUGCAGACCUGCCUGGAGAAUUGCACAUUAUUGAGCUUGAAAAGGAUAAGAAUGGACUUGGACUCAGCCUUGCUGGUAAUAAAGACCGGUCGCGCUUGAGCAUAUUUGUGGUGGGAAUUAACCCAGAAGGACCUGCUGCCACGGAUGGGCGAAUGCGUAUUGGAGAUGAACUGUUGGAGAUAAACAAUCAGAUCCUGUAUGGAAGAAGUCACCAAAAUGCGUCUGCCAUUAUUAAGACCGCCCCGUCAAAGGUCAAGCUGGUUUUCAUCAGAAAUGAAGAUGCAGUCAAUCAGAUGGCUGUUACCCCCUUUCCGGUACCAUCAAGCUCCCCGUGUUCUGUUGAGGGUCAGAGUGGUACUGAACCUGUUAGCAGUGAGGAAGAUGGUAGUCUCGAAGUUGGUAUUAAACAGUUGCCUGAAAAUGAAAGCUCCAAACUGGAGGAUAUCUCCCAGAUGGCUGGUCAGGGCAUAGUGGCAGGUCACCAGAAGGCACUGGAGUGCCCAACUGACAAUGCUGUCAGCCAGAUGAAACAGCAAAAAUAUUCAACAAAAGUCUCCUUCAGUUCACAAGAGAUACCUUUAGCACCAGCUCCAUCGUACCAUUCCACGGAUGUGGAUUUCACAAGCUAUGGUGGUUUCCAGGCCCCUCUGUCAGUGGACCCAGCCACGUGUCCCAUUGUUCCUGGCCAGGAAAUGAUUAUAGAAAUAUCCAAGGGACGUUCAGGUCUUGGUCUCAGCAUUGUGGGAGGAAAAGACACACCUUUGGAUGCUAUAGUUAUACAUGAAGUCUACGAGGAAGGAGCGGCAGCCAGAGAUGGAAGACUUUGGGCCGGUGACCAGAUAUUAGAGGUUAAUGGGAUUGACCUGAGGAGCGCCAGCCACGAAGAAGCCAUCACAGCCCUGAGGCAGACCCCCCAGAAGGUGCGACUGGUGGUGUAUAGAGAUGAGGCACACUACAGGGAUGAGGAGAACUUGGAGGUUUUCCCAGUGGAUCUGCAGAAAAAGGCCGGCCGAGGACUGGGUCUGAGCAUUGUUGGGAAACGAAACGGAAGUGGAGUGUUUAUUUCUGACGUCGUGAAAGGUGGAGCUGCAGACCUUGAUAGGAGAUUGAUUCAGGGAGAUCAGAUCUUAUCUGUGAAUGGGGAGGACAUGAGAAAUGCUUCACAAGAGACAGUGGCCACUGUCCUCAAGUGUGCACAGGGGCUGGUGCAGCUAGAGAUUGGAAGACUCCGAGCUGGUUCCUGGAUCUCCUCGAGGAAGACCUCACAGAAUAGUCAGGGAAGCCAGCACGGCGCACACAGCAACUUCCAUCCCUCCCUGGCUCCUGUCAUCACCAGCCUGCAAAACCUGGUCGGCACAAAAAGAGCUACAGAUCCUUACCCCAAAAGUUCAGGCACAGAUAUGGGACCAAGGACCGUUGAGAUCAUCAGGGAGCUCAGUGAUGCCCUUGGAAUCAGUAUUGCCGGAGGAAAAGGAAGUCCCUUAGGAGAUAUCCCAAUAUUUAUUGCCAUGAUUCAGGCCAGUGGUGUGGCUGCACGUACACAGAAGCUUAAGGUUGGAGAUCGGAUUGUCAGCAUUAAUGGGCAACCUUUGGAUGGGUUGUCUCACGUGGAUGUGGUUAAUCUGCUAAAGAACGCCUACGGGCGCAUUAUCCUGCAGGUUGUAGCAGAUACCAAUAUAAGCGCCAUAGCAACUCAGCUUGAAAACAUGUCUACAAGCUACCACCUUGGUUCUCCCACUGCUGAACACCACCCAGAAGACACAGAAACACCUCCACCUAAGAUUAUUACUUUGGAGAAAGGCUCUGAAGGAUUGGGGUUUAGUAUUGUAGGGGGUUAUGGAAGUCCCCAUGGAGACCUGCCAAUUUAUGUCAAGACUAUAUUUGCAAAGGGAGCAGCUGCAGAUGAUGGCCAGUUGAAGCGAGGCGAUCAGAUUUUAGCUGUCAAUGGCGAGACGCUGGAAGGUGUUACUCAUGAGCAAGCUGUGGCCAUUCUAAAACGCCAGAAAGGGACUGUAAUCUUAACUGUGCUGUCAUGAGCCCCGGGUCCUAAUCACAAGAUAGAUGGUGUAGAGUAUCUGUAGGAAGAUGAAGCUCUGAGAGAGGAUGAAAAGCAGCCUCCUCUAGAAUCCACCUUCAUUUACCCCCUCACCCUCUUUGCUCAGGAGAGUCGGCAAGAUUUCACAUGAAUUGCCCAAAUCAACCUUCAGCCUCUUGGUGAGGUGAAUUUCUAAACCUAGAACGAGUCUUACCUGAUUUGCAUCCCACAUCCAUGUUUAUCCACUAGUAGUAACUGGUUCUGAUUCUAUUUGCUGCAACUGAAGUUAACCACCUCUCAUUCCUGUGCCCUUCUCUGCCCAUCCCUCCUCACUCAGAGGCUUACAGCAAGCUCACAUGUCCUCUGAUGAACAGAAACAAAUGUUAAGCAACUUGUCAUCUCACUCAUGAUUUACUUAUGCUAAUUGUCUCUUCAGGUAUGCCAGAAAACAUUAAUAGUGUAAUUAACUUACCAUUGAUCCCCAUGAUGAAACACCCAAGUCUCCUAUGGGAAAUUAUUGUGCUCUUUUCUGCACGACUUAGAGUCAGAUAUGUCUCAAAUUUGUUUCUCUGGAUAGAUCUUUAUAAGCUAGUCAUUGGUGAUUAUGAUGGGUCCAUUUGCAGACUAUAAUCUGAAAAUUCUGGAGGGCUUUCUAGUUGUUUUCUUGGCUACAUAAACCUAUACCACUGAGCAAAUGCACCCUUGUUCUCCACGGGAACAGUUAGCAUCCAUGUUCUGAAUUCUAACUUGCUAAAUUAUAUUCAAGUCCAGCAAGUUCAACUGGGGUUAAUGGCAUCUCAGUAGGCAGGCAUUAUUGCCUCCCCUUCAGUCUUCAGACAAGGAGGUAGAAGCCCUAGAACCAGUUUGCAGAGAUCAGUAAGUUUUCCCUCAAGUCAGAUGAGGUCUGGGUGGCCUUGGACUUGUGCAAAGUGGAGUGAAAAAUUUGAGCAUCCUUUCCCUUGGCUCCCUACUGGCCAAUCUAGCAGCACAAACUGUAGGAGCAUAGGGAUGGAGCAGCAUGCUUGGCCACCAAGUGACUGUGGAAAUGAACUCAGCCUAAGAAUCAGUGAGGGGGCUACUUGACUAAUGUUUCCUGAUCUUCAGGAAGCCCCUCAUUUGCUAAAGUUUUACAUGCUAAGAAAGCAACGACAGCAGAAAAUACAAAAAUACCUGUAAAGUUGAAUAGAGGCAUUCUUAUUUAGGUAUUAGCAGGAGGUGGGGGCGGGGAGAUGCUUAUCAGUUAAUGUUAUAGGUUCUUCUGUAAAAAAUGUACCAUGAAAGAUGAGUACCAGGAUCACUAAUAGAAGUAGUUUAGUAUCUUUGAACUAAAACACAAUGCUGCAAAUGGUUCACAGUCGUUAACAAAAUGGAAUGGGCUCUGAUUUAAAAAUGUUAUUUAAUAAUUACAGAUUUUAAUUGAGAAUUACGUUUGAGUAGAAGUAAUCACAAAGUGCAUUAACUCUUGUCGGAAUAUUUUGUGGUUAUUCCAAAGUAUAGAGUGCCUAAAUAUGUUGAAUAAUGUCUUUCAUGACUGGUAUUAAGUUUUCUGAAGUUACAUAUGGCUUUUGGAAUUUCUAACAUAUCCAAGACGUGCAAUGUUUUAGAAUCUUAUCUUUCAGUGCAUGAGAAUCUAUCAACCUCAGAAGUUCUGUGCUAAUUGUACCUGUGAGAACACCUGAGGCAGCCAAGAAGAAAUGAAGCCCAAAUAAAACUUGGAAAUGCACCUUAAAAAAAAGUGUGUGUGUCUGUGCACAUGCGUGUGUAUACAGACACACACAUAAGACUUCAUAUAUUUUGAAAUGUGAUUCUGCUUGAUUUUGAUGGAAUGGCCAUUAAAUGCACAUUUUGAAAU